CGCGAACAUGGAUAAGACUUAAUGAGACAGUUGCAUACGGCCUCAUCAACCAUCAACUGUAUAGCUCCAAAACCUUCAGCAGUUUAGCUCCAUAUAUAGCGAGCAAAAGGACAUGGAGCUGCAGCUGCAAGCGAACAUAUAUACACAACCACAGUAGUCCACAGCGAUGUCGAGGCCGACAUGUAGAACAGUCGUCGUCGUCGUCCGGUGGCGGCUUGCGGCGGUGGCUGUAGUACUGGCGGCCGUGGCAAUGGCGGCGCCGGCUCUGGGCGAGACGGCGCCGCAGAAGGAGGGGAAGGAGGAGAAGAAGAAGGCGAUGGUGACGGCGGCGAUCGUGUUCGGGGACUCCAUCAUGGACCCCGGCAACAACAACGGCCUCCACACGCUCAUCAAGGCCAACCACCCGCCCUACGGCAAGGACUUCGCCGGCCACCAGUCCACAGGACGCUUCUCCAACGGCCUCAUUCCCUCCGACUUCAUCGCCCAGGGGCUUAACCUGAAGCAGCUACUUCCUCCGUACCUGGGCGUGGAGCACACCCCGGAGGACCUCCUCACCGGCGUCAGCUUCGCCUCCGGCGCCACCGGAUUCGACCCCCUCACCCCUGCCAUCGUGAGCGUGAUCACCAUGGAGCAGCAGCUGGAGUACUUCGACGAGUACCGGCGCAAGCUAGUCUCCAUCACCGACGAACAGAAAACCCAACAGAUAAUCUCCGGAGCCCUCUUCAUAGUGUGCGCCGGAACAGACGACCUAGCGAACACAUACUUCACAACCCCAUUCCGGAGCCUCCAAUACGACAUUCCCUCCUACGUCACCCUCCUCCUGACCUCCGCCGAGUCCUUCCUCCGCAACGUCAGCGCCAGGGGAGCCCAGCGGAUCGGCUUCGUGGGCCUUCCGCCCAUCGGCUGCGUCCCGUCCCAGCGCACCCUCGGCGGCGGCCCGGCCCGGAGCUGCGUCCCGGAGCGGAACCAGGCCGCGCGGCUAUAUAACGCCAGGGCCCAGGAGAUGGUGGGCCGGCUCGGGAAGGAGCCCGGGUUCCCCACGCUGGUGUACAUCGACAUCUAUAACAUCAUUCAGGACCUUGUGGAUAAUGGGCCGGCCAAGUAUGGGUUCACGGAGACCACGCAUGGGUGCUGUGGCACCGGGACCGUGGAGGUGACCGCGCUGUGCGAUGACAGGUUCGUGAAGGUGUGCGAUGAUGUUUCGGAGAGGGUGUUCUUUGAUAGCUAUCAUCCUACGCAGAGGGCGUAUAAGAUCAUCGUGGAUUAUAUCUUUGAUCACUACAUCCAGUUCCUGCAUCUCUGAAGCUUGAUGAUUGUAUUAGCUGGCUCAAAUAAACAUGUAUUUGUGCCGGUAUAUUCGUUUUAUAUGUCUUGUUCUUUUUGAAAUGUUCAUUCUUGUUCGUUUAGUUGUUGGAGAUAUCCAUCUUCAGUGUAACUCAAGUCUGUCGGUUCCGAAAACGUUGGAGUAUAUAAGUUGGGUGAUGGUGUUUGGUUCAAAAUUGUUACCGGGUGAGCACUCAUCCCGGAUGAUCAACACUAUUAAAAGGGGUUCCUGGAUGAGCAUCAACUUUUA